UGCUGCAACCAAAUAGCACCCUUCUUCGACAAACUCACAACCCAGGCAGCCUUAUCGCAGCACCACGCACACGCUGCCUCCCACGACCGUUCACCGUUGCACCGACCUUCGGCGCUACGGGAGAUAACACGCCACUCAGCCGACCUCCGGAACAGCGCUACAAGGAGAAAAAAAAACCGUUCAACCCGUCGCCAAUACCCACCGGAGCAACACUGGCAAACUGUCCCGCUCAACCACCGGGAAGACGCCGAUUACCGCGUGCAGCACUACGGUAACGACUGAGCAAUAACCCACUGCCGCAUAAUCACACUACACACGGCACUGCACAGCGAAAUCUCCCAAGAAAGCGCCGUUCUGAUACCAGAUUGUAAGAACCUUAGUUGUCGUCGCCCAAAAUCAGAGAAAACAAAGGACAGGGUGUGAUUCUAGAACCGGAUGAGAGCUUCUUGUAGAAAUGCUUCACCUGGAUUACAAAACAUGGAGCACAAUAAUCAGGAGCUGUUGUGUUGACGCCAGGCAUAAGGAAGCUUUGUCCCUUUUCCUUGAAAAUGUACGAUCUUUAUGGGGCUUUAGACCUGAUCACCAAGUCUUGGCAGUCAUUCUUAAAUCCUGCGCUGCCUCCUCAACCAUCAAACUGGGGAAGGCUCUGCAUAGUAAUGUUGUGAAGGAGGGCCAUCUUACUUGUCACUCUUUAUCUAAAGCUCUACUUAACAUGUAUGCCAAAUGUGGUGCGCUUGAUGAUUGCCAAAAAUUGUUUGGUCAGAUUGCCAGCUCUGAUCCUGUCUCUUGGAACAUUGUCCUGUCUGGAUUUUCCGGGUCCCGAAUAUAUGAUACUGAGGUGAUGAGGUUGUUUUAUGCAAUGUACAUAGGUGGCAAGGCUAAACCUAACUCCAUCACUGUUGCUACUGUUCUUCCUGUGUGUGCUCGCUUACUAGAUAUAGAUGCUGGAAAGAAUAUACACUCUUAUGUGAUCAAGUCUGGAUUGGAAACAGAUACCCUUGUUGGGAAUGCGCUGGCAUCAAUGUAUGCAAAAUGUGGGCUGGUACUCGAUGAUGCAUAUGCUGUGUUUAAUAGCAUUAGUCACAAAGAUGUUGUUUCUUGGAAUGCAAUUAUUGCAGGGUUUGCCGAGAAUAAGUUAAUGUGUGAUGCUUAUGGAUUGUUCAGAUGGAUGCUUAAAGGGCCAAUAGAACCAAAUUAUGCGACCAUUGCAAGUAUUCUGCCUGUUUGUGCUUCUUUAGGUGAGAAUGUUCACUACUGCUUUGGGAGAGAGAUACACUGUUAUGUGCAGCGGCGGACUGAAUUGGUGGCAGAUGUUUCUGUCUACAAUGCUUUGGUGAGCUUCUACUUAAGAGUUGGGCGGAUGGAAGAAGCAGAGUCCUUGUUUUGGAGUAUGAUAUCAAGAGAUUUGGUUUCAUGGAAUGCGAUUAUUGCAGGAUAUGCAUCAAAUGGUUACUGGUUGAAAGCUUUGGACCUGUUUCAUGAAUUACUCUCUCUAGAGAUGAUUGGGCCAGAUUCUGUAACUUUUAUUAGUAUUCUGCCUGCUUGUGCAUUCUUACAAAACUUGCAAGUGGGGAAAGAGAUGCAUGGAUAUAUUCUUCGACAUCCUCACCUAUGUGAGGAUACAGCUGUUGGCAAUGCCCUAGUUAGUUUCUAUGGAAAAUGCAACAGAAUAGAAGCAGCAUUUCAGACAUUUUUGAUUAUUUCUCGAAGAGAUUUGAUAUCAUGGAACUCUAUGCUAGAUGCUUUUGUAGAGGGUGGUUAUAAUAUUGAGUUUUUGGGUCUAUUAAAAUGGAUGCUUAGGGAAGGAAUUAGACCUGACACCAUUACCAUCUUGACCAUAAUUCAUUUUUGUGUUUCUGUAUCGAGAGUUGAGAGGGUUAAAGAGACUCAUAGUUAUUUAAUUAAGGAUGGUUUGUUACAAGGUGAUAUUGAACCUACUAUCGGAAAUGCAUUGCUUGAUGCAUAUUCUAAGUGUGGAAAUAUGGAGUAUGCGUUCAAGAUUUUUCAGAGUUUAUCAGAGAAAAGGAAUUUGGUCACGUGCAACUCAAUGAUCUCAGGUUAUGUGAGUCAUGGAUUGCAUGAUGAUGCACAUAAGAUUUUUAACGGGAUGUCUGAAACAGAUCUCACCACCUGGAGUCUAAUGGUUCGAGUUUAUGCGGAGAAUGAUUCUCCUGGUGAAGCUCUCAACUUGUUUCAGGAGUUACAAGCUCGAGGAAUGAAGCCCAAUGAGGUGACAAUUAUGAGCUUCCUUCCGGUAUGCGCUCAAAUGGCCUCAGUCCACCUGGUGAAGCAGUGUCAUGGAUAUGCAGUUAGAGCUAGUUUUAAGGAUUGCCGCUUGAAGGGAGCUUUGUUAGAUGUGUAUGCAAAAUGUGGCACUAUAAAUUCUGCUUAUAAGCUUUUUCAUUCCAGCACCUAUAAGGAUCUGGUUAUGUUCACAGCUAUGGUCAGUGGGUUUGCCAUGCAUGGUAUGGGAGAGGAAGCAAUAAUGGUUUUCUCUCAAAUGCUUGAGUUGGGUGUAAGGCCAGAUCAUGUUAUCAUCACUGCUGUUUUAUCUGCUUGUAGUCAUUCUGGCCUUGUAAAUGAAGGGUUGAAGAUAUUCUAUUCAAUGGAGAAGGUCCAUGGGUUUAAACCAACAAUGGAACAGUAUGCAUGUGUGGUGGAUCUCCUUGCUCGAGGUGGCAGGGUAACUGAUGCAUAUUCUUUUGUGACUAGAAUGCCCAUUGAAGCUAACGCAAAUGUGUGGGGAACACUGCUGGGUGCCUGUAGGACCCAUCAUGAGGUGGAAUUGGGUUGUCUUGUUGCAGAUCGUCUUUUUGAAAUUGAAGCUAACAAUAUUGGGAACUAUGUAGUGAUGUCAAACCUGUAUGCAGCAGAUGCGAGAUGGGAUGGGGUCAUAGAGGUUAGAAAGCUUAUGAGGACUAGAGAUCUGAAAAAGCCAGCAGGAUGCAGCUGGAUUGAAGUGGAGAGGAGGAAGAGUGUUUUUGUGGCUGGGGACUCCACUCAUCAGCAAAGAAGCCUUAUAUACAAUACGUUGUGUACAUUGGAUCAACAGAUCAAGGAGCCGUGUCAUUUUUGAGUUCAUCAAUCGUUUAGUACUUUGAAUUCCAAUUUUCAAGCUUCUUGCUGAUUCUGGUAAUUUUUUUCUUCUUCUUCUUCGUCUUCUUCUUGUAGUUGAAUUUCAAAAUUCAGGUAAGCUUUUCAAGUUUGAGUUACAAGGUCAUAAAGCCUCCAUGUGUUUGACCGCCUGCGUGAGCCCAUCAGUUGGGAUCACAUUGCAUCCCUAUGGAAGAGGGAUAAUGCUAAGUCAUCUUGUUGAAAGUUCCUCGGCUUUGUCUCCUCAGUUGCAUACCUUAGCAGGUUUGACAUUGGGAUUAGAGUUUUUAAUGGUCUUCCGCUGCUGAGCAUUUCAUGUCUUUUAUUUUAUAUUUUUCAUUAUGCUGAAUACCAUGUUGGUUCUUGGCACUCC